CACCAACUACAAUGUUUCCGCCCGCUCCUUGUGAAUUGUGCCUCAACCCUCUGUUACUCUGCCCCUUUCACCCUUUCGAACCCGGUCCAUACGACGAUGAACCCGAUACCUCCCCGUUCUAUAGCGAUAUGAUCGACGUGACGUUAGAAACCUUUCGACACAGCGUAGCAUCAGCAAAGCAGCUUGCAGCUUCCAACAGUCGCAGGAAAACAGAUUCAGGACGAUUUCGUUGUACUUUGUGCUCGCAAAGUGUCACUGCAAAGCACAACUUGCAGAGCCAUCAUAAUUCUCACUAUCGAAGGAAAGAACACCAUUGUGCUCCAGAGGGCUGCGGAUCGAGCUUUACGACGAAAUCAUCUCUGAAACGCCAUCGUCGAAUGUGUAACAAAGCAAAGGUGUAGGAGGAUUGACCCUGGAGGUCUAAUUCCGCGCAUUCAUUUCCUAUCUAGAUUUUACCUGCGUCAUAAAGUUCUUUAGAUGUAGAAUUUGAAGAACGCGUAUCAACUAAAAACGCCUAGGAGACCUGGGGUC